AUGAAGAAGUCCUCAGACCUCGAACCCGAAACCAAAGAUUGUGCGGCAGCCCGCUCAAUCCUCGUCGCAGAAGGGGAAGUAACCUCCCCCGAGCUCUCUCGGCUGGACACACGUCUGCGAACACUGCUGGCCGAGCGAGCGGCAGCCCACAAAGCCAAAGUCCGAGCCACCCAUUUCGUCAAGGGGCACCACCCAGGCAAGUACACAUCCGCCAUUAACAAGCCAAACCACCCGAGGGAUAUCUUCACAAGCUUGGAGAAGAUUGACAGCCCCGAAGCCGCCGAAGAACGCAACCGCCGACACUCAGUGCUCCAAGAACAGGGCAUUCCCAACCAAGCCCCACCUGCGGCACAGGAGAUCAUACCCAGAAGAAGGUAA